AUGCCAACAGGACCAUCAAUAGACAAUCACUUGAAUCAUUCUUUCAUGGACAAGAGAGCUUCCCUUGAUUCGGCUGCAUUGAAGCUGCGAGAUUCUGCAAAUUUUAAUAGAAAGCCUUUGACCAGUGCAGCACUGUCUCCAAUCAAGAAGUUCAGUCAGGAAAUUUCAUUUCAUAAUGACUAUAGUGCCAUUGAUUAAGAACAUCUUAGAAGCAAGAUAGCAACUAUGAACCCAAUAAAUCACGUCAGAACUAUGAUCUCACGAAAACUCAACUCAUAAGGAAAGAACACUCCUAAGAAAUAGCCAGCAACUGCUGCAUCGUCUGUAUAAACAGGCAGACAGCAAAUUCAAUCUGACUACAUGAUGGAGAAUUCAACCCAAAUGCCAAGUAAAAUGCUUUCAACCUUUAAGAUUUCAACUAUCAGUACUAAUAAACAUAAUAAAUCUCUCAGCAAGACUAAUCACAAUUCAUCAAUAAUGACAACUGAUGGGUAAUCGUUUGACUUGACUAAAUACGAGAAAACAUCUGAGAAGUCAAAAAGGCAGUCAAUGAAUUUCCAUAGGAAUUCUGUGGCAUCAUCUCAAGAUAAGUCAGCAUACCAGGAGCUUUUAGCAAAAGUAGCAGAUUCUCAUAUGAAUCUUAGGAAAGUGAAAAAUGGGUAACCCAUAUUCCCAAGUACAUUUUUAUCAGAAAAAUAGAAUAUACCUUUUCUGAAAAAUAAAGAUCUUUCAGAGAAUGUAAAGAAGUAUUUAGAUUCUGGAUAAAUUUACAUUCCUGCUAGUCUUCAGCCAUAAUCUGAAGACCUUAGACUUCCAGAUAGGAUAGAAAUAGCAAAGAAAACAUUUUCAGUCAAGCCAGACUUCAAGAGAUAGUUUACCAUUAAUAGAGAAAGGUAGAGUAUCAAUAGUACAGUAGGAAACGCAACUACUGAUACUGGAGGUAUUACUUCAAAAUAUAAUAAUAGGCAAUUAAGAGCGAAGACUCAGUUAAGUAGUAUAAUAGAGUAUAGCGAAUCGUAUUAGAUUAAAGACAUGAAUAAGCUUGAGCCAGUGGCCAUAACUGAAAGGAAAUUCGAUAGAUCACUUGAGGCUAAGCUGAAAUUCCCUAAAAAUCCAACAUUUUAAUUAGACGAUAAUGCUCGAUUUAACAGUAAAAAACGGAAAAAGAUGAUGCCUCUUGUUGAGUUUUGCUAAUAAAAAAAUAUAUCAUUCACUGAGAAUGAGAGCAGGUACUAUGAACUUCAAAAAAACAAACAAAACUUCAAGCAUUGGAUUCAUACUUGGAGAAGAUACUGCAAUUAAAAUAUAUUAGAUAGAUCCAAUUUAUAAACACCAAAGGAUAUUUUUCAAUCCUAAAUUAGUUAGGCUUAGGAUGAACAUACAAAGUAUGAUAACCAUUUGAAAUUAAAAUCGCCCAGUAAUCAUCUCUAACACAAUCAUAGCUAUCAUCACAAUAACGAGUAAAGUACUAAUUAGUUGCAUCGAUCCCCAGAGAAGGCUUACUCAAAUUAAAGAAAUACUCCAAUUCACCAUAACUCUUCUACAAAUGGAGCUAAUAGCAAUAAAUAUAGAUUAAACUCUAGUCUUCACAAAAUUGAUCAUAAAGGAAGCAAAUUAGAUGUGAUCUAGAUUAGGAAAGAUAUUUUUGAGAAGACAGUUCAGGAUCAUAGAAGGAUGCAGAAUUUGAGAAUGAAGAAAAAACUUGAAAAACUGCUUGAAUUGCCAGUGUAAUUAAGCGGCAAGUAAGAGAAAAAUGGUAAGAAAAAAUAUAAAAAAGACUAAAAUUACUAUGACAAGAUCGAUUUGAAAAGGAAAAAGAUUAAUGAUAAGCUUUUGAAGAUUCUUGAAAGAGUAGACUUGGAUAGACCUAUUUUAUUGAAAGAGAAAUUCGAUGUUUUAUGGAAUUUCGAUGAAAUAUUUGCUGAAAAAGAUAUUAUAUAGAGAAAAAUUGAAAAAAAGAAAGUUGAGAGAUCAAGAAUCAAUAAGUAGAUGGCUGAAAAAUAUAACAUAAUGCUUUCAUUUAUAAGCAAAAGAUUCACUAGUCAUAAAGGCCAUAAUCAUCGAGGAUAGAUAGAAGAAACUUUAAAACCACUUGAGUCUGAGAGAAAAUUCUUAGACUUCUUAAGGAUUAUAAUAGAAGGGGGCUGGAUCGUUUCAAAUAAUGAAGAGUGGGUUGAUAUAAUCGAAUUUCUAGGAAUUGAGAACGAGCUUGAGACUAGUAAGCAGUGCACGGAUUUCAUGACAGAAGUGUCUAAACUAUUUGGUUUUGAAUAGGAUCUCAAACUGAACUUCAAAUUGUAUGAUCCUACCACUUCAAUAAGUUUUGACAGGAGAUUUGAAUGA